CUGCAGGUGUUAGCCACAGCCUCACACUAUUGGCCGCUGGAUAAGGUGGACGGGAUCCAUGGACUGUGGGACCAGAUUGGAAACAGACCAGGUCAUGUUAACGGAAGUAAAAUAAGUAUGUGCAUAGACCUAUAUACUUAGGAAUAGAAUACCCAGUCUUUUCCAUUCUCUGUCUGCAUGGUCUACAGCUCAAUUCACCUUUUGUCUGUCUUGCAGUCACCAAGACCCUGCCUUUUAAGGUGCAGCUGUGUGCAUUGUUCAAAUUUGAUUACACUCAAAUUUGCUAUAAUAACUUUCAAAGUAGAGAGUCAAAAUGAAACGUCUAAAGGCUACUUGCUAAUGUACAUCAAAGCACUGUGUUUUAAUAAACAAAAUGGGAUAAAAAGUUAUCCUUCACCCCCAGGUACAUUUUAUGCAGACUUUCCAGAUUAAUGCUAAGACUAUUGUUUGCAAAACUGAUUUCCAAAUACCAUACUGUAUUAUUUCAACUAUGGAAGCAGCAAGAACUUUCCCAAAUGCUUCCAAAAUUGUAUAUCUUGAUCAUUUGAAUAAGGUUAAGCUAGUUUGAAACAUCAAAGUGAUUCGGAAUGGGAUACUUUGGGACUCACAAUCGAUUAUAUCAGUUGUGAGGGAUGAGAUCUAGACUUGAGAACGGCAUUUUGAAUUUUUCCAUACAAAAUGUACUUUGAUCCUAAGGGGAAAUGAUUGAUCUGUUCCUCCUUGAGCACUGUGUACUGAGCCCAGCAUCACACUUAAUCUCAUCCCUGCUCACGCACCACAUCCCUCAUGAUGCAUAGUGUCUGUGUUUGUCUCUCACUGUUCUGUUGUGUGCUCUGGCCGUUUUGUGUUAUUCGUGUGUAGAUAUGUAAAUCACCUGUUUCUCCUUUGUCUGUUUGUUUUCUAUGUUUCACCUAGCUCUUCAAAUCCACAAGCACACUGUGCUCCCUUCCUCCCAUAACUCUUCCUCUGUGUAUACCAAUGACUCUGCCUACACUAACGUUUCUGCAACAGUAGGUGAGGAACAUCACUGCUCACAGAAAAUUAAUUUGUAUGUAAAGUCAGUCACCCUGCUCUGUCGGUGUUACUGUAGUGCUAUCUGUCAUGUUAAGGCUAUUCAGUCUCCAUCGUUUUGUAAAUGGUGUACCAGCUCAGCCAAUAGUUGACAUGAGUGUGUCACACACACUGUUACCUGAAGAUGUUGAAUUUGUCUGUGUGUGUGUGUAGUCAGGGAGAGACAAUUGUUUUCUUCACUGGAAAAAGAGCAGAGACUGCAGUGUGUAAAUCACGAUUACACAAGCUUUGAGACUGGAGGUAUAGAGAUCUUUUUCUAGAGUGCUGUAAAGUGGAGCUUUACUUUUUAACCUCAAUGUGCCAGGCCUAUUUAGUUUUGUCUGCUUACAUGAUUUAAAGUGGGAGAACAACAAAGGGAAACACUUGGGUCAUAGCUGACUACCAUGGUAGAUCAUUAUGCAGUGGGGAACAUUCCAUAUUUGGUGCAGUACAGAGAAUAUGUUCAUAAAUGAAAAAAGUAUGGGGGAAUAAAAAAAAUGAAAAAAUAAAUAAAUAAAUGUAUGCACUCACUAACUGUAAGUUGCUCUGGAUAAGAGUGUCUGCUAAAUGUCUAAAAUAAAUCUAUGACAACUGCUUGCCUGUUAGUUUGCCUGUGAAAAGCCUAGUUCAGAGGAAAAGCUGCCUCAUUUUCUCAUCAGGCAAAAUGAUGUUGUUGGCUUUUCAUCCUACUGUAGACAUAGUUGAAGGGAUGGUCAACAAGGGCAUCUAUCUGAAUGGAGAUAAUGGAGGCACGUUUCUCCACUUUGGGAACUACCAGAACUCCUGCAUUAGUGACCCCACUCUGUGUGGCCCUGAGGGUGAGUUCCGCCUGUCUCGAACUCCUCUCAGGAACGUUCUACAGCUACACAGGACUGACUGUAUAAUAAUUUAAGUGAAUAAUAAGUGAUUAUCUAAUUGACGAAACACUACAAAAUAUUGUUUAUUGGAUUGAAUGUAGAUCUAAAUGUAUUACAAUUAGCAUGAUUUGUGGUCUGAAACAAUUUUCCCUAUUUUUGAAUCUGUAAUAAAUAUAUGUUCAUGUAUUUCAGGGAUUACAUUUUCCUUCUUUUGGAAGAACCAGGAGGCAGAGUCCCAUUUUGCAAUAGCCUCUGGAGGGAAAGUCAUCUCCAAUGGCUUCUCUGUCUAUGCCAAUGCCUACGCUGGAUACGUAGAGUUCUACACACGAGGAAACUCGAAGAGGUGGAGGGCUAACAUCAAAAUACCAGGUAUUUUAAAAAAGGAAAACCAUUUUGUAAAUGAAGUUGAUAAAAUUCACUAUGAUUCUAAAUAAUUAUUUUAAUUUUUUUUAUAAAUUGGUCUUUGGAUGUGGAUGGUGGGUAAAAAAAUAUUCUUAUAUAAAUAAAUAAAUAAAUACAUAUUUCAAUUAUUUUUCAUUUUCAGCCUUGAAUAUGGUUGAUUGUAAGCAGAUGGAGCUACAAUCAUCAGCAGACUAUACUGUUGGUCCCAGAAUUAUUUUAUGGAUUUAAUGAUGGAUUCAAUUUAUUCUUUAUCUCAAACUAUAAAUGUGUCACAUUUUACUGGCAAGUCUGUUUCCAUAUUGUUGCGUGACUAUAGUAAAUACUGAACCACAUGCUAAAUAAUGCAUACGUAUGUAACCUUUCAUAGUAUGUAUGAAAGUCAUAUGCAUAAAAUGGUCAAAUAUUUCAAACUUGAAGGCUCAAGUGGACUCUAAAUGAAGUAAUUGAAAUAACAUAAACAUUCUACUAUAGCAAAACUAUUUCUCCAUCCCCUACAAUCUCAGACAUGAUCUGCUAUUUCUGGAGGAAAACACAUCAUGUCGCUCUCUGCACUGCAGGUUCUUUGAAUAAGAAAUAAACCUUUACCAGUCAUUCUUUAUUAGAGGAAAAAAAUGACCAAAUGUCUUCCGUCAUCUUGUUUAUGUUACAGGACUUCAUGUGUACUUUUGAUUUAUUUGAUUAUUAGUUACAGAAGAUCAAACAUCAUCUGGUUCUUAUAAUGUGACAUGAUGACAUGUCACAAUUUCACCAUGCAGUUGUUUAGCCUUUGACUCAUAACAGAGGAAAACACCUUAGAUCUAUGACUCAACCAGCUCUUAUGAGACCUCUACCAGUACCAGUAGACCUUGUCACAAUGUGUUCCAGCCUAACCUGUGUUCAUCAGAAACAUCUCUAUCUAAAAGAGAGGGAGAGACCAAAAGGAAAGAGAGAUUGAACGAGUGAAUGGGGAAGUUCUUGGUGGGACAUAUGGUUUGUGUUUAAGCCAAUCCCAAUGGGAUAGCUGUGUUUUGGCACUCUGAGCCAGCAUCCACUGGUGGAACUGUUCACAGUGAAUAUAUUUUGGGAUUCUCGUUAUUGUCCGUUUACCUUUAGAAGAACUGGAGAUGUUAUUUCCUCUUUGGAGGAGUCUAUUGAAACCAUUUGGAGGGAUAGAAUGGAGGUGCUGACUGAAUGGCUGCACUCUAAGAAAAAAGGGUUCCAAAAGGGUUCUUUGGCUGUCCCCAUAGGAUAACCCUUUUUGGCUCCAGGUAGAACUCUUUUGGGUUCCAUGUAGAACCCUCUGCAUAAAGGGUUCUACAUAGAACCAAAAAGGGGCCUUCAAAGGGUUAUCCUAUGGGGACAGCCGAAUAACCCUUUUAGGUUCUAGAUAGCACCUUUUUUUCUAAGAGUGUUGAGUGGAACAUGGGGACAUAUUGGGCGGAUAUUAGUGGAAAAGCACAGUUGAAAUAUCUGUCACAUACUGUAGGCUAUAAUACCCACAUACAAGAGUAGAACAAAUAUUAGGUGAACUUUGCUUCAUUUCAUGCUAAAUGUCAAUUCUCUAAGCCCAAUAAAGAAGCCCUUUACUUUUCUGAGAUGGAGGGUGAAGUCAUGAUUAUUAUUUAUCCGCUUCUCUCUUCCCUUUCAGGGCCCUUCUGGACCCACAUUCUGUUCACCUGGACCCUGAAGGAUGGUCUCAACAUCUACAUCAACGGGACAUUCAACACCAGCGACCCCACUGGCAACGUGUCCAUGAACUACGGAGACCCUUACCCUGACCUGGUCAUUGGGACAGGAAAUGACCAGUCCUAUGGACGCUAUGUGACAGGAGCCUUUGAUGAGUUUGUCAUCUGGGAGAGGGCUCUGUCACCAGAGGAGAUCCUUAUGUACUACAAGGCUGCCAUAGGUAAGAUCACAUGUCACCGUCAGUCUGAAUUUGUUCCACUCUUUUUUUUCAUGAUGUGAAAUGUUCGCUAUGUUCAUAAUUUCCCCUUGACGGAUGUGAGGAGAAAGGGGUUCAAAAGCAAUUUCCAUCUUGGUCAUUGCCAUAGACAUUCCAUCCACAGUACUGACGCAUGGAAGACACAAGAUAUUAAACUGUACAAAUCCUCCCCAUCUUAAAAUCAUCUCACAUAUUUCUACCAUAAAAGUGUUUCACAAUCUUCCACCUUAUAAGGGUCUCACAUAUUCUACCAUAUAUAAGCAUUUCAUCUGAUAAGGGCCCUGUACUAUUACUAAGUGUCCAGUGGGGAUAUAGGCCUAACAGUUUGGUUUUAGAUUAGGGGACUAAACUGAUGUUAGACUGAGUGACUGAAGUAAAAAAUAAAUAAAUAAUACAUUACCUUUUUCAUUGCUGCUUUGAUUAAUCUUGUGUGGUUCUAAAAACUCAAAAGAAAUGGAUAAUGACCUCUGUAUAGUCCUAGAAGUGUUAUUCAGAUCAUGGCGAAAUGUGUCUGCUGGUAAAAAUGGAUGAGUCACUAGUUAUGCUUAUGGUAAAUGCUAAAAAUGUGGGUGUGGGCACCAAUUCCCUGGGGCUUUGUCUAGUAACUAGACACAUUGUGAAGGAUUCAGGUGGUCAUGUUGAAUGAUUCAGGUGGUCUCAGUACUGUCCCCCCCCCCCCCCCAGACAUAACAGACAUAAACAACAAAGUUGUUAUGGUAAUGGAAAGCAUUUUAUCAUGUUAUACCUGUAGAGAAUGAAUGGGACUAAAUAUGAGCUGACUGUUGGGAUGGUCCAAAUGUAAAACCAUAUAUGGUAAUUUAGUGUUGCUGAGUGCACCUAGUGAUAUGUUAUUUACAGACAGCAUGAUUUCAUGACUUCCUUCCAACAUCUCUUUGGCUUGUAUAGUACAUAUAUGAUGUAUUAGGUGGUUAGUUAUCUAAAGAGCAGGUACAAUCACAAAACACUUAUUUUCAUCAUUCCCUGGCUGGGGGAGGUCCAACCAUCAUCAGGCACGUACCAAGGAAUCAUAAAUCUUUGGGGCCUGAACAAAUCCAGCUCUUCUCUAAGCAAUCCAUUUGGCAUGUAGAUAGUGUUCCCAUAGAUGACAGGUGGAAGAGCACUUUUAAUGGUUCUCAUAUAUUUCUCCAACUAGGUGAUGCUUGGACCUAUCCUACCACAGCAAGUGUUCCUAAAGAAGUCUCCUCUACGACACAAAUGCCAGUGAGUUCUCAACUUUGGAGAUUUAUGCAGAUAAUACAUUUGGUGCCCAUCUUGACCUCUUACCAUGGGAACGUGCAUGUCUUGGAAAUUUCAGAUGGUUUUCAGGGUUUACAACUAGAACAGACACAUGGCAGCCUCACAGGAAAUGAGGUAUAAGCCUGGUGGUUGAACUGCCACCAACGCAAACAAACAAUUAAUUCCUUAUGGAACUAUUGUUUUCCUUUAAGACUGAGGAAUUGCAUGGAAAAAGGGAUAUUGAGAGCACAUGUGAAUGGACCUCUUCUGUUUAUUAAACGGCAGUUGUGGACGUAGAGUGGCGAAAGCAGAGACAGCUGUUCAACACAGCACAAAAUGGGUCCCUGUACGGCAUGAAGCUGGAAAAUAAGCAACACUCUUUUACAGCAGACAUCUAUCCAGAAAGAGUUUUAACUGGAUAGGGUAAUGGUCAAAUAACGGUCCCAUUCUGGUCUUGGGAGAGUAUCUGUGAAGAAUAAAAUCUGUUUUAAUGCAUGGUGCUUUUUCCCCCCAGGGAGUCACAGAUGUGUCCUAUUCUAUCACCACAAAGCUGAGUGAGGAGAUCCACAGCUUCCAGGACCCUGUGCCCAUGCAAGGCUUCCUGGAGUUUCUGCCAUUCAGCCUGCCCAACAAGACCAUCCCCCAAGACACUGCCAACAACCUCACACAGGUACUUUAACAAGGAUACAUGUGUAUAUACACACACACACACACACACACACACACACACACACACACACACACACACACACACACACACACACACACACACACACACACACACACACACACACACACACACACACACACACACACACACACACACACACACACACACACACACACACACACACACACCAAAGUAUGGCGCAGCGGUCUAAGGCACUGCAUCUCAGUGCUUGAGGCGUCACUACAGACCCCCUGGUUCGAUUCCAGGCUGUAUCACAAUCGGCCCAUAGGGCGGCGCACAAUUGGCCCAGCAUCGUCCAGGUUUGGCCGGUGUAGGCUGUCAUUGUAAAUAACAAUUUGUUCUUAACUGACUUGCCUAGUUAAAUAAAUGUUAAAUAAAAAAUAAUAAAAUAUUGUAAUAGUUUGUAUCAGGUCACAGACCCAUGAUGUUGUGUCCCACCCAGGCCUUUCUGAAGAGUGUGGGGGAAGUGCUCUCUUCUGAAGUGGCUCAAGAGGAUGAGGUAAAUGAGCUCAUGAUAUCUCUGUGAAAUCACUGUGUGAAAGUCAAUAUUGGACAGGAUAAAGGCAAAUGCGGGUUUACAGUAAACUAGCUAUAUGAUACUAAAUUGUGAAUAUGAUCACAUUCGUUCUGGCUCUAGUUCAACACUAGCAUGUGCGAACACAGGAAUGCCUAAAGAGAGUAACGUUUUGAGCAAGUUUGUGGUUUCAAUGUUCUGAAGACAGUGAACAAGCACGCUUGUUUCCAUAUGAGCAAGCUGAACCAGAUGUUCUUAGCGCAUGAAAACAUUAGACUUGGAUGUGGUAGAGCAUCAUCAAAAGGAAGUCAGACGCCAGUUAAUACAGUGUAUAUCAGAGGUGUGCUAACUGCAACCUGGACCCAGGGGUAGACGUAACAUAGCAAAUGUAUUCGUACAAUAUUUUACGAAUUCGCAAAUUGUGGCUAACGUUAGCUAGGUGGCUAAGUGUUUAAUGCUAACGUUAGUUAGAUGGCUAAUGUUAGCUAGGCUAGGGGCUAGGGUUAGGGGUUAGGGUUAAGGUUAGGGUUAAGGUUAUGAGUUAGGUUAAAGGGUUAAGGUUAGGGGAAGGAUUAGCUAACAUGCUAAGUAGUUGCAAAAUAGCUAAAAAGUAGUAAUUAGUAGCAGAAUUGCUAAUUCGCUAAAAUGCUAACGUUGUCCGUGAUGAGAUUUAAACACGCAACCUUUGGGUUGCUAGAUGUUUGCAUUAUAUGCUACCCAUCCACCCUGACCAGCCACCCUCCUUCGUUUUUUGCCUUAAGUGACCUUCUGUUUUAUGUAACGAUACCAAACAGAGCAUAUCACACUAAUUUGAGUGUCAGAUUUACAUUAACUAUGUUACGUCUAGUCUAUGAGACCAGGAUGGAGGUGGGGACUCCAGUCACAUGACUUGGACUCGAGUCUGACUCUGAGUCACAAAUUUGAUGACUUGAGACUCGACUUUGACUUGCAGCCUCAAGACUCGAGGCUCGACUUUGACUAAUUUUGUGGCACAGAGUCUCCGUGGCUAAGGCUACUCUCCACACAGCCAGAGACAGUAUCGCACUUGCAAGAUUGGCUAGUGAAACGCACACUCGGCCCUCUGAUUGAAUCAGCAAACGAUCAAUCAACACAGGUCGGGUGAGCUAGCCCAGUGAGAAGGUGUUGGGGGGUCGCGAGUGUUAAACUGAAUGGGGAAAAUUAUAUUUUUUUCAUACAUAUUUUAAUAGGCUACAUAUAGCCUACCAUUUGUAUUUUAUCAGGGGUUGCUGCAGCACCCUCAGCACCCCUACUUCUCGCGGCUAUGGAGGCUAUAUGCCUAUGUGUGCUCAUGAUCUGAGGAGGGGGAGGGCGGAUUUAAUAAUGUAAUACUUAGUAGUUAAAAUCCAAAAAGGCAUUCUGAUUGGGCACCUAUAUAGCCAUGCAAUGUCAUAAGGUACCACCUUCAUUACCUUGUUUAGGAAGCUCAUUGGAUCCCAGGGCAGGGUCAAAUUGACAGGUUUUUUUUCUCACAGAGAGGGAAAAUGGUUGUUCACUAUUGCAGACAGCUACAGCUAGCUUCGUUAAGUUUUGGUAGUGGCGCACUGAAUAAUUAUAGCUAGUUGGCUUAGCUUUGAUCAGCAUGGAUAUCUGAAAAUGGCUGGGCACUGCCAAGAGCAACAAAAACUGAGGACCACCAUGUCGAGACCGAUGCCGAGCUCACCGAGCAGCUUGCUAGCCCGACCACCGAUGUCGAGGAGCCUAGCAGCAAAUGCAGUACCCGCCCAUCACCCACGCUGUCUGCUGACCAACUAGAUGGAGAAGAGCCAUGGCCUAGCACCAUCAUCACAAGGGUAACAUCACAAGUGGACCCCACUCAGUGUUCUUCAAAGAUAUGGCGGGCCUUUGUCAGCAAUGCCGACUGUGCUGUUGGCACUGAAACAUGGAUUAACAUUUGGGGUAUCUACGUUUGGGGCCUUCUCCACCCUGAAGAACAUAUUCAGUGAACACAGACGCAGCAUGUUACAUAAACGAAAAGCCCAGCUUGUCCAGCUGGCAUCUGAGAGGGACCUGACAAGUACAUUUCGCCAGGAAGGAGAAGGACAUCAGAAACUUCUCAUAAGGUGCAACACAUCAUUGAGGAGGCUGCAGCUCUUCUAAAUGGUAAGCUACAACCUUUAUGGCCUGGUUGUUUGGCUGAUUUGUUUUAUGUAAUGUGUAGCUACUUUAGGCCUUCGCUUUUUACUUACAUGCAUGCUAGAUUGAUCUGUGAUUCUUAAUGUCAUUGCUUGCUUUUGUGGGUCUAAUUGCUAUUAAUAGAUAUACAGCUUUGAGUUAUUUUAUGGGUAUAGGGACAAUGACCAAUGUAGCCUAUUGGUUGUGCUCUGAGGUGAGCCCUGGCACGGUGCUCCUAUUUGUUGCCAAGGCAGCAGCUACUCUUCCUGGGGUCCAGCAACAUUAAGGCAGUUAUAUACAAUUUAAAAUAUUACAUGACAUUACAUUUCAUAGCACUUUUCACAACACAUUGUGUUCCCUCAGGCCCUACUCUACAACCACAUAUCUACAAUACAAAAUCCAUGUGUACGUGUGUGUAGAGUGCAUGUCUUAUCAUGUGUAUGUGUGUCUGUGCCUGUGUGUCUGUCUCUUCACAGUCCCCGCUGUUUCAUAAGGUGUAUGAUUAUCUGUUUUUUAAAAUCUGAUUCUACUGCUUGCAUCAGUUAUGGGGAAUAGAGUUCCAUGUAGCCAUAGCUCUAUGUAGUACUGUGCGCCUCCCACAGUCUGUUCUUGACUUGGGGACUGUGAAGAGACCUUUGGUGACAUGUCUUGUGGGGUAUGCAUGGGUGUCCGAGCUGUGUGCUAGUAGUUUAAACAGACACUUCGGUGCAUUCAGCAUGUCAACACUUCUUACAAAAACAAGUAGUGAUGAAGUCAAUGUCUCCUCCACUUUGAACCAUGAGAUAUUUACAUGCAUAUUAUUAAUGUCAGCUCUCCGUGUACAUUUAAGGGCCAGCCGUGCUGCCCUGUUCUGAGCCAAUUGUAAUUUUCCAAGGUCCCUCUUUGUGGCACCUGACCACACGACUGAACAGUAGUCCAGGUGCGACAAAACUAGGGCCUGUUGUUAAAAAGGCAGAGCAACGCUUUAUUAUGGACAGACUUCUCCCCAUCUUAGCUACUGUUGUAUAAACAUAUUUUGACCAUGACAGUUUACAAUCCAGUGUUACUCCAAGCAGUUUAGUCACCUCAACUUGCUCAAUUUCCACAUUAUUUAUUACAAGAUUUAGUUGAGAUUUAGGGUUUAGUGACUGAUUUGUCCCAAAUACAAUGCUUUUAGUUUUUGAAAUAUUUAGGACUAACUUAUUCCUUGCCACCCAUUCUGAAACUAACUACAGCUGUUUGUUCAGUGUUGCAGUGAUUUCACUCACUGUAGUAGCUGAUGUGUAUAGUGUUGAGUCAUCCGCAUACAUCGACACACUGGCUUUACUCAAAGCCAGUGGCAUGUCAUUAGUAAAGAUUGAAAAAAGUAAGGGGCCUAGACAGCUGCCCUGGGGAAUUCCUGAAUCUACCUGGAUUAUGUUGGCGAGGCUUCCAUUAAUGAACACCCUCUGUGUUGUGUUAAUAAUAUAAUAAUAAUAUGCCAUUUAGCAGACGCUUUUAUCCAAAGCGACUUACAAUCAUGUGUGCAUACAUUUUUACGUAUGGGUGGUCCCGGGGAUCGAACCCACUACCCUGGCGUUACAAGCGCCAUGCUCUACCAAUUGAGCUACAGAGGUAACUCUUUAUCCACAAUAUAGCAGGGGGUGUAAAGCCAUAACACAUACAUUUUUCCAUCAGCACCAUGAUCGAUAAUGUCAAAAGCCGCACUGAAGUCUAACAAAACAGCUCCCACAAUCUUUUUAUCAUCAAUUUCUGCCAGCCAAUCAUCAGUAAUUUGUGUAAGUGCUGUGCUUGUUGAAUGUCCUUCCCUAUAAGCGUGCUGAAAGUCUGUUGUCAAUUUAUUUACAGUAAAAUAGCAUUGUUUCUGGUCAAACACAAUUUUUUCCAAAAGUUUACUAAGGGUUGGUAACAGGCUGAUUGGUCGGAUAUUUGAGCCAGUAAAGGGGGCUUUACUAUUCUUGGAUAGCGGAUUUACUUUUGCUUCCCUCCACUUUCUAGUAGGCCUAGAUUGAAGAUAUGUCAAAUAGGAGUGGCAAUAUUGUCUGCUAUUGUCCUCAGUAAUUUUCCAUCCAAGUUGUCAGACCCCGGUGGCUUGUCAUUGUUGAUAGACAACAAUACUUUUUUCACCUCUUCCACACUCACUUUAUGGAAUUCAAAAUUACAUGCUUGUCUUUCAUAAUUUGAUCAGUUAUACUUGGAUGUGUAGUGUCAGCGUAUGCUAAUCUUGCCAAUUAAAAAAUAAUUAAAGUAAUUGGCAAUAUCAGUGGGUUUUGUGAUGAAUGAGCCAUCUGGUUCAAUGACUGAUGGAGCUGAGUUUGCCUUUUUGCCCAAAAUGUCAUUAAAGGUGCUCCAAAGCUUUUUACGAUUGUCCUGGUUGUCCACUUCGGUGGUGCUGAAAUUGGCAUUGCAUAAUUUCAUUGCGCUGUCCAAGGUCCUGAAUCGAUGGUUGCUGUUUUAAUGAGCACAUCUUGGGCUAUCAGUCUUUAUGGGGCUUCUCUUCAACAUCACGUGCUUUCUUGUGUGCAAAAUGACAGUUGUGUAUAUGGCUGCAUUUCAGAUAGGCCUACAUUUUUGUACAUUUUGUAUGUCGCAGUAGUAUAGGACCAAUACCGUGUGUAGCCUACUGAAAGAAGGAGGCAAACGUUCACUCUGUUAUCAUUCAUUUGCAUUACAGUCAUUGUGUGAUAGGCUACUGUAAAAGUGAUGCCAAUACUAUGAAAACAACACAGCCUACUUUAUCGCCCCCUCCCUGCUCUCUUCCUAUAGGGUGUGUGUGUUGCCCUCUGAAUGGGCGUUUACUCUUAUUCAUGGCAGAUUCAAAUUGGCUGCUGUCAUGUAGGAAAUGUCACAUCAGCUAUGAAUAUAAAAUAUGCACUUAGUUUGAUUUAGGUUGCUUUUCUGAAACACGCCUACAGAAAGUAUUGCUUACUGUAGGUUAUGCUCAUUGCGUAGUGUCACAAAUUAGACAGAAAUGUAGCCUAUAGUUCUAAUUAUUGAAGUUUAAACUAUGAAGCCUGUAAUAAUCUUUGAUAGCCUAGUGGUGCUCAUCGUGUCGAGCUGUUCUGUGCGUGUUGGUUGGCGCAAAUUAAGUGUAGGCCUAUGGCAGCUAUGCUGCAUUUCGGAUACAGUUGUACAGUAUUUCAUAGUGGGGCAUAUAUCUUUCUUGUGUUAUUAUAUAAAACAACGGUUGUUGACGUGUACAUUUUUAUACAUUUGAACAGCAGUAGGACCAAUCUACCUUGUUUUAUUAGGGCUCUAACGCAAUACUAGUUGUGCCCCCCCCCCCCCCCCCCCCCCAUAGAUUUAAAAUGCCCUUCAGGCAUGUCAUCCUUGAUAUCCCUAGUUGAUAUUGACUGCUAACAUGAAUGACUUUCAGCUCAAAAUGCAGGUGUAAAACACAGUUUAUUUCUGUAUCUUGCGUUUUUAAGGCUGUAAUGACAGGCUUUAUUUGCUCAGUGAUUGUGCGUGUGCGGAAGGGCGGGCGCACGCAUCUUAACCACUCCUUUUUGGGGUCGCGAGUCAAAAUGUUUGAGAACCACUGAACUAGCAAACAAAUAGCUGAUUUGCUGUACAUCUAGCUAUACACUGUAUAAAUAGAAAGACUGAAAACACUGUGAUUGUGUAAUGAAGCUAUAAAAAGUAGUGCUCCUAAAAACAUAAUAGAAGUAUUCUGAAACACCCGAAGUGGUUCUUCAAUCUGAAUAUUUGUGUUUUUAAGAGAGUGUUGUGAAAAAAACUUUUUGGGUUUCAGUGCAUGUAAAAGCCAGCGUCAAAACACACGAAACGGUGUCUCAUACAAUCAAAUGGAGAACUGCAAAUGGUUUAUAGCCUAAAUAUUGAUUUGAUUUUUAGAAACAGGAGGAGACAGAGAAGGAGUGAAAGUGGGACAGGCGGAAGCAGGAAUUGAACCGCCGACUUCUGGGGCAGUAAGAUGGUAGGCUGACAUUUCAUUGGAAUUUCAUUGGAAUUUUACACUCAACACAGCCACACUGUAAAAAAAUAUUCUGGGUUGAAUUUAAAUUUAAAAAACACACAAAUAUAUAACAUACUGUAUACCUAAUACAUUUAUGCAAGUCAUUUUAAUGAUUUGUUAAUUUCAUUUGACCCAUUUUUGGGGGGAAUAAAUCCAAUGUAAUAUGUUGCUCAAAAUGUAAAUAUAUUUUAUGAGGAUAAGCAAAGAUAGAGAAAAUGUAGUUAUUGAACUCAUUGGAAGUCUGGUUUUAAUCUCCUUGCACUUCCUAUCUUGCCACGUGGCUCUGUUUUGACAGGAUUGUGGGUAAUUAAAAAAUGUCUGACUUAAUGAUUCUUUUACACAAUGUUGUAUGCAUGUUUGAAGAAAUAAAAGUAUACUUCUAUAUAAAAAAUAUAUAUUGUCACAGACACCUGCAGUGAAAUGUGUUGUUUUACAGGGUCAGCACCCCUGGAGCAAAUUAGGGUUAAGUGCCUUCAAGGGCAUUCUUCACCUUGUCGGCUCAGGUAUUUGAACAAGCAACCUUUCAGUUACUGACCCAACACGCUAACCGCUAGGCUACCUGUCACCCGGUAAUAGUGUUAGUAUUAAGCAUUUUGUUGUGCCAUGAGGUGUAAUGGAUCAUGAUGAAAAGCUUUCAAAACCAUCAGGCAGAAUAUUCUCCCGAGUGGCGCGGAGCGGUCUAAGGCACUGCAUCUCAGUGCUAGAGGCAUCACUACAAACCCUGGUUCGAUUCCAGGCUGUAUCAUAAUCCGGCCAUGAUUGGGAGUCCCAUAGGGCGGUGCACAGUUGGCCGGGGUUGGCCGUCAUUGUAAUUAAGAAUUUGUUCUUAACUGACUUGCCUAGUUAAAUAAAGGUACAAAAAUAAAAGAAAAGACGUUCAAUGAUGAGACGACCCAUUCCCACAUUGCAAACUUUUAAUGGUAGAGGCAAAUACAGUAUCCUGCAAUGUUUACUGUAAAACCUCUGAUUACUGCUGGUGGAUUGAGCACUGUGCUUAACAAUGCCUGCUAAAAUGGGUUAAACUGGCAAAUGAUCAGAUACAUAAAUCAAUGUUAAACAUUAAAAUAAGAAAUGAUCUAAUUCUGCACUAAACAGAACUUGAAACACCAAAAUUGUAUUUUCAACCUUUUCCGGUAGUGCUCCCAGUCCCUGGCAAGGUGUUGCACAACACUUGAUUAAGUGGUGUUACAACAUACCAUGUAAUGUUUGAAAACAUCUCAGGAUGAUGUGUUUCAAUACUCCAGCAAAGUUAAGGUUUCGGCUCCUUUACAUUGGUGGCAACUCAGUUGCCGCUAGUUUUGGUGUUACAAAGCACUUCAUGUGUAGGAUCGGGUGCAUCACAAACAUCAAAUUGUAGUCGGAGAGGAUUGCUAUAAAUAUUACAUAUGCAGAUCUAAAAAUUGUUUGGUGAUCAAGAAUAUGAACUGUUUACUUUGCAAGCUCACAAGCAAUGGGGCAUCAAGCAACAAUUACUAGCAUAGGCCGACUGGUCUUGUGGUAUGUCAAAAUUGCCUGAAAUGUAUAAUUUAUUUAUGAAGCUUGAAUUUGGAAUUUGUUUUUAAAAUGUAUUAUUACAUAAUCAAAAUGUGUUGUAGACUAAAUAAUAAAAAGGGCUGUCUGGUAGCGUCAAUAAAUAAACUAAGAUUUUGUGACAUUGGGACUAUAAGGUUCUAUCUGCGUGAAGCAUAGUUCUGAGAUAUUGAGCAUCAAAGUUUUCACAUCCCAGAUCUUAGAACCGUUUCGUAGUGAAUUGUUCUUUCAUAACCCAUUAAGGUCCUCACCUUUUAAAGGUACCUAAAGUGCAGAGUAUCAAAAUCCUGAGACAUUUGUAAAUCAGUUUGUACCUUAUGGCUUAAGGUUCUAUCUGACACUUCUGAAUUAGACAUGUUCAGUUUUUAAGAAGAAUGUAGCUAUUUGAAUACAUAAAUUAUAUAAUAUCACUAUUUUACCAAGAUAGUCAGAACAUAUCAUCAAAUACAUUAAGAAAUGUAUUAAGAUCAUCAGAUGAAUUACUGUCAUUACUGAACAACAAUCAUUUACUUUAUUUCUGACAGAGUUUUUUGUUGUUGUUGCUUGAGUGCCAUUAUUGCUGGCUAGACUAGCCUAGACCAUACUAAGAGGGUGACGGCAAAGGCGUGUUCUGAUUGGUCCAUCUGUAUUGUUCAGGCUUGUGAUUGGAUUGCAGAUAGAACCUUAUAGCGCGAAGUUCAAAUUAGUUUAUGUAGAUCGAACUUUCUAGUUUUUCACUUCCGAUUUACUUUUUCUCAAAUCUAACUGCACAGACAUAUGAAUAACCAUCUAAAGAUCUAUUAUAUGUGACUAACUCAUUUUUGACAAAAAUGUCAGAUGGAACCUUAUAGUCCCAAGGUCUCGAUUUGUAGUUGAACAAGUCAUUGCGUGUAUAGAUUUUUUAAAACUUGACUUGAGACUUGUGACUCGACUUGACUUGACUUGCUCUUAGAAUGCACAACUUGUACUUGACUCGAGACUCAACCCAUUCUACUUGGGACUCGACUAGAGACUCGAACCUUGUGACGUGAGACUUGCUUGUGACUCGAAUAGUAGUGACUUGGUCCCACCUCUGUAUAUAUAGUCCCACUCCCAGCUGAUAACACUCUUAAAGCGUGUACAGUAACUACUUGGUUUUAUGGUCUAUAUCAAUGAUAAUUCACCAACUCUCAAAAACUCUCAAAAUACAGUAAGUUGUCAGUGUAUCUCUGUGAGUGUGAAUGUUGUUACUGGACCGUUCGGAGCAGGAGUCCACCCCUGUGGUCAGUGGGCUGAUUGAGACAGUGGACAAAGUGAUGGUCCAGAUGGUGUCCAACCUGGAGUCCAGCCCCAGCCCCCACUCUCUCAUCUCUCUGGGAGGAAAGUCCUUUGUAGCAGGUCAGUACCAUGGCGACUCAACUCUCUCCAGUCCUGACUGUACUGUAUGACUCACACACUGUAUUGUCUUACUGUAAAAAAAAAAGAGUGUUAGGGACCCUGCAGAUGUAGGAUCUUAAUUUGAGCUAGUUUGCUACAGCAGGAAAAUAAUAAAUGUGAAUUGUUUUGUGCAGUAUUAUUAAUGGAAAUUUUUUGUAUGGGUUGUUACAUUUUUCGUUAGGGGAAAAAUCACUUUAGAAGCCUUUUUAAACCCUUGAAUACACUACAAGUUUGCAUUUCCUGCUUGUGCACCAAACAUACAGUACCAGUCAAAAGUUUGGACACAUACUCAUUCAAGGGUUUUUCUUCAUUUUUACUAUUUUCUACAUUGUAGAAUAAUAGUGAAGAUAUCAAAACUAUGAAAUAACACAUGGAAUCAUGUAGUAACCAAAAAAGCGUUAAACAAAUCAAAAUAUAUUUGAGAUUUGAGAUUCUUCAAAGUAGCCACCCUUUGCCUUGAUGACAGCUUUGCACACUCUUGGCAUUCUAUAAACCAGCUUCAUGAGGAAUGCUUUUCCAACAGUCUUGAAGGAGUUCCCACAUAUGCUGAGCACUUGUUGGCUGCUUUUCCUUCACUCUGCGGUCCAACUCAUUCCAAACCAUCUCAAUUGGGUUGAGGUCGGGGGAUUGUGGAGGCCAGGUCAUUUGAUGCAGCACUCCAUCACUCUUCUUGGUCAAAUAGUCCUUACACAGCCUGGAGGUGUGUUUUGGGUCAUUGUCCUGUUGAAAAACAAAUGAUAGUCCCACUAAGCGCAAACCAGAUGGGAUGGCAUAUCGCUGCAGAAUGCUGUGGUAGCCAUGCUGGUUAAGUGUGCCUUGAAUUCUAAAUAAAUCACAGACAGUGUCACCAGCAAAGCACUCCCACACCAUAACACCUCCUCCUCCAUGCUUCAUGGUGGGAACCACACAUACGGAGAUCAUCUGUUCACCUACUCUGCGUCUCACAAAGACCCGGUGAUUGGAACCAAAAAUCUCAAAUUUGGACUCAUCAGACCAAAGGACAGAUUUCCACCGGUCUAAUGUCCAUUGCUCAUGUUUCUUGGCCGAAGCAAAUCUCUUCUUCUUAUUGGUGUCCUUUAGUAGUGGUUUCUUUGCAGCAAUUCGACAAUGAAGGCCUGAUUCACGCAGUCUCCUCUGAACAGUUGAUGUUGAGAUGUGUCUGUUACUUGAACUCUGUGAAGCAUUUAUUUGGGCUGCAAUCUGAGGCUGGCAACUCUAAUGACAUUAUCCUCUGCAGCAGAGGUAACUCUGGGUCUUCCUUUCCUGUGGCGGUCCUCAUGAGAGCCAGUUUCAUCAUAGCGCCUGAUGGUUUUUGCGACUGCACUUAAAGAAACUUUAAAAGUUCUUGAAAUGUUCCGUAUUGACUGACCUUCAUGUCUUAAAGUAAUGAUGGACUGUCAUUUCUCUUUGCUUAUUUGAGCUGUUCUUGCCAUAAUAUGGACUUGGUCUUUUACCAAAUAGGGCUAUCUUCUGUAUACCACCCCUACCUUGUCACAACACAACUGUUUGGCUCAAACGCAUUAAGAAGGAAAGGAAUUCCACAAAUUAACUUUUAACAAGGCACACCUGUUAAUUGAAAUGCAUUCCAGGUGACUACCUCAUGAAGCUGGUUGAGAAAAUGUGCAAAGCUGUCAUCAAGUCAAAGGGUGGCUACUUUGAAGAAUCUUAAAUAUAACACAUAUUUUGAUUUGUUUAACACUUUUUUGGUUACUACAUGAUUCCGUAUGUGUUAUUUUUAUUUUGAUGUCUUCACUAUUAUUCCCCCCCAAUGGGAUUAAGGUCUGGGGAGUUUCCUGGCCAUGGACCCAAAAUGUCGAUGUUUUGUUCCCCGAGCCACUUAGUUAUCACUUUUGCCUUAUGGCAAGGUGCUCCAUCAUGCUGGAAAAGGCAUUGGUCGUCACCAAACUGUUCUUGGAUGGUUGGGAGAAGUUGCUCUCGGAGGAUGUGUUGGUACCAUUCUUUAUUCAUGGCUGUGUUCUUAGGCAAAAUUGUGAGUGAGCCCACUCCCUUGGCUGAGAAGCAACCCCACACAUGAAUGGUCUCAGGAUGCUUUACUGUUGGCAUGACACAGGACUGAUGGUAGCGCUCACCUUGUCUUCUCCGGACAAGGUGUUUUCCGGAUGCCCCAAACAAUCGGAAAGGGGUUUCAUCAGAGAAAAUUACUUUACCCCAGUCCUCAGCAGUCCAAUCCCUGUACCUUUUGCAGAAUAUCAGUCUGUCCCUGAUGUUUUUCCUGGAGAGAAGUGGCUUCUUUGCUGCCCUUCUUGACACCAGGCCAUCCUCCAAAAGUCUUCGCCUCACUGUGCGUGCAGAUGCACUCACACCUGCCUGCUGCCAUUCCUGAGCAAGCUCUGCACUGGUGGUGCCCGAUCCCGCAGCUGAAUCAACUUUAGGAGAUGGUCCUGGCGCUUGCUGGACUUUCUUGGCCCUGACUCCUUCUUCGCAACAAUUGAACCUCUCUCCUUGAAGUUCUUGAUGAUCCAAUAAAUGGUUGAUUUAGGUGCAAUCUUACUAGUAGCAAUAUCCUUGCCUGUGAAGCCCUUUUUGUGCAAAGCAAUGAUGGCAGCACAUGUUUCCUUGCAGGUAACCAUGGUUAACAGAGAAAGAACAAUGAUUUCAAGCACCACCCUCCUUUUAAAGCUUCCAGUCUGUUAUUCUAACUCAAUCAGCAUGACAGAGUGAUCUCCAGCCUUGUCCUCGUCAACACUCUCACCUGUGUUAACGAGAGAAUCACUGACAUGAUGGCAGCUGGUCCUUUUGUGGCAGGGCUGAAAUACAGUGGAAAUGUUUUUUGGGGAUUAAGUUCAUUUUCAUGGCAAAGAGGGACUUUUCAAUUAAUUGCAAUUCAUCUGAUCACUCUUCAUGACAUUCUGGAGUAUAUGCAAAUUGCCAACAUCAAAACUGAGGCAGCAGACUUUAUGAAAAUUAGUAUUUCUUUCAUUCUCAAAACUUUUGACCACGACCUGUAGAUAAGCUUGCAUCGUCUCUCUCCCAGGGGCUAAGUCAAAUCUUUGAUCCGCACAUUAAUCAUCACCACCACCAGAUAACACUGUGCCUUUGGCUCCCAGUCAGAACCCCUCAGGCCUGGUGUUGGAGUUAGUUAACCACUCACAGUGGUCCCUCUCUGUUUCUAACCUCUGACCCGAACAGAUUACUCUCUAAUGAAGAUCCCACAGAACUACAAUCUUCCACUCUACCGCUUCCCCACUCAAGGAAAGAACUACAUCUCAGUGCCCGGCGAGGCGUUCACCAUGCAGUGUGAGUUCCCUACAUCUCAUUUCACUAUUUUUCUACAAACAUACAUUUACAUACUUACUCUCUCAAAGCAAUUCAUAUUUUGCUGCUAGAAUAUAACAUAGGCUCAUCUUUCUUUUGUGUCCGGCUCUUACUCCUCUUGGAUUGAAUUUGAAUAAAUACUUCUCAUUAGUUCUGCACACUGUUUCUGCCAAGAGAAAAUUGCCCAACUGGGAAGCCCUUGUUAUUGGGCAGUAGUUUUUUCUGAUGAUAGGAUUAGAGACCUUUAACACAGCAGAAGGUAGUGUGUGAGAGAGCCAUCGUGGGACUGUUCGUGAUGCUUUAAAGUACAGUUGUACAGCUACAGUGCUGUAUGACUUUUAUGCAUAGAUGUAUCAUUGACUACUUUAGACACACCAGAGAGAGUUAGAGAGAAAGAGACUUGUCAUCCACUUUACUGACCAUUAAAAUGAAACCCCUCCACUCACAGUGAACUCAUUUAUUUGCUUAGCUCACUCUUAUCGGCGCUGUGAGCGCUGUGAGUGCUGGUUAGGCAGUAAUUACGGCAGUAUUAAAACUGUUUGUUUGACUUGUGUUCGGGUCAGAUCCACUUGGCUCCACCUGGCCCCCAAACGCACUGCGUUGCUACACUAACAUUUAAAUUUAAAAAAUGUAUAAUCUAUUAAAGCACCAUUAUCAGAAAUGGAAUAUAAAUGUUACUGCUGGCAACAUAAGCUCCUAGAUUGAGUUAAUGUAACAUUGUGCAUCCUGACACAUGGCAUACUGUAUUAAAGGCACCAAGUGGAGCUUUUAUAAGCCAAUUAAGUGCAGAGAAAGUGAUUUUUUUUCUCUUGGACUGAGAUACUUCCAAGUAUUAAUAAAAAGUUUAAGGCAAACUGGCCACCAACUGAUCUCUAAAAGGAUUUGGUAGGGGGCAUUACACUCAUUACAUUCAAAACCUUCAUAUACAAUGGCCGUGUCUGAAAUCUAUCUUGCCUACUACUUACUAAAAUGAUAUAAUGUGUACUAAUCGAACUACAUACUAUUUAUUAUGUACUGUUUAGUAAAAAAAUAUCAACAUACUUGGCUCCCCCAUGCUGAGAAUCUAAUGCGCAAUUGUGUAGAUUCCCGCCAUUCGUUCAUUUGGAUACAGCACGUCCCCUUACCUUAUUAUCAACUGAUUAUCAGCUGUUGUCAAACGUCUGGAAAGACAAUUCUCUUCUUCAAAAGUGUGCAGCGAAUUCUACUACAUGAAAAGCUGAAAUUAGUAUAACAUCCUGGCAUUUAAAGCAUACGCGAUUUUCUAAAUUUCACAUACUAUUAAACAUUAUUUUCGCAUACCUAAAAUGCUUACUAUUUAGAAUGCAAGUAUGGGUAUUCUAGCACGGCCUAUGUAUUUUCAAGACCGUUUUUUUUUUUUCUUACUCAGUGAGGUGGAUUUCAUUGAAUGAAAAAGGGGUACUUUGACCACCAAGCGUUUCAGAUCCCUCUCUAGUUGUCAUUGUUUACCAUGUUGUAUGGUAGGUGGGACUGGUUUAGGUGGUGGGGUGGUGCGGGUAGUGCAUAGGACCAGGCCACAGGCCUCCUGCUGUACUGUUUUAGUCAUGGCGCUGUGACUUGCAUCAUUUCCCAACACACAUGUGGUCCGUGGUAACCCUCCGUCUCACCCGUGUGUGAGCAUACAGCUCUCCCAUUAGUCAGGGAGUGCCAACCUGAGGCAGCGAGGCUGUGUUAAUUAAGUUCCCCUCCCUGUGAGCAUUUUAGCAGCGCCUCAUCACAUUCUCAGCCCUGCUGUGAGUCUGUGUUUCACCUUUGACCACUCUCUCCCCUUCCUCCCUCCCUCUCCCCUUCCUCCCUCCCUCUCCCUUUCUCCCCUCCCUCUCUUCCCUCCCUCUCUUCCCUCCCUCUCUUCCCCUCUCUCUCUUCCCUCCCUCUCUUCCCCUCCCUCUCUUCCCCUCCCUCUCUUCCCUCCCUCUCUCCUCCCCUCCCCUUCUCCCCUCCCUCUCUUCCCCUCUCACUCCCUCCCCCUCCUGAACCUCCUUCCCCCCCUCUCCCUCCCUUCCCCUCUCCCUCUCUCCCUCUCCCUCAGCCCAAACCACCAUUGUGGGUGUGUUCUACCACAACAUGCACAACUACUACACAGGGAUCAGCCCCCUCAGGACCAGGUAAGGGGGAUGGGAGGACACAUAAAGAGCCCUGAUCAUACCAAACAGGAAUGCUCUCUGUGCAUGAAUUAUGAACCAUUUACUAGUGUGAUAUAAGAUUAUCCUGACGAAACACAGUACAGUAGACAGCAAAGUUGGUUUAGGGCCUGCAAAAAGUAAUGUCAUAUUCUAAUUUAUAAGCAUUUAGUUGAAAAGACUUGAGGUUGUCGAAUCAUCUGUUUGGAAUGAGACUAGUCCGAAGAGUACGCAAUAAACAAAAUUGUUUACUUUGCACGCCGUGCAAUUAUGAAUUACCGCCAUUGAGAAUAAGUGAUUUCAGAUAAUCUAAGGGAUGUUAUGGCACUAAGCGCUCUGAGCGUCAGCCAGGAUCACUUCCUGUGUGUCUCCCCUGGUGGAGUGGCGCCCCUGUUUCCUGUCGCCAAGAACGGAUCAUGCCUGGGGCCAGUCCUUAUCAGUCUCCCACCAGGCUGUCUCUCAUCUCACCACUUAACCUCCACUGAUUGAUACACCCUGCCAUUAACUUCAUACAGGAUCUUUACCCCAUACUUCUUUCCCCAUCAAUAGGGGAAGCGUAUUUUGAUAAUGCUGUGACAUUUAUUCUUUGCAUGACUUGGAAUUUUAUUAAAGUAAUUAAGUGGUAUAGGCCUAAACAAUCUUCUUUGCUUUAAAACAUGUAGUUACUGGCAGACUUCAUCAAUGGCAUAAUUGUGUCUAGAAAUACAGCUUUUAUGCUCAAUGAGUUGGAAUGACUGUAUUGUGGCCCUCAAUACAGCACGUAGCUUUGACUGCCUCUUCAGAAAUCCAGCUCUAAAUGUAAUAUGUGUAAGUUUUAAGGCACUUCGGAUCAAUCCGCUUCUGCAACAAUAUAUAACAAUAUACUUUCUUCUAAACAAGUUUCUCAGUAAAUCGGGAUGAUAAUGAUAAACACUCAUGUUUACUUUACAAUUGAUGGUGAGGUUAGUUCAUAAUGGUUGUGUUUCACUCCCCAGUGGGUGAGAAUGUCCCUCUGUAUGAUGAUACGGGGUGUCACUUACCUGUUGACCUAGAAAAGCUCCUGACGAGAUGCUGUGUUUUCACUGUGAUUGAUGACAUGACAGAUGUAUCAGAGUCUCACUCCCAUGCUACUGUUCUGAGCCCUCUGUGACACUACUGUGUAGAUAGAACACCCCAGCAGAGCUCUCAUUGGUGUUAGAAAGACAUUCUGUAUCAUCUCUCGCUCUCAUAGGAUCAACGAGGCGGCUGAUUUCAAAGACCAUAAGAUCCAGGUGGCCAGUUUCCUCAUCUCACUGAAGGUGGAGCCAUCGCCUGCUCUAUCCGUCAACCUGUCUGGGUCUCCGCUCAUCAAGAUCGUCCUCACACACAUCCUGGUAAGAGUACAUCACCAACACAAAUACACCACCUAGGAUUACUCCAGUGUAUUGAAUUACCAAGCUAUGUCAAUGGAUUACCAUUUUAUUGGCCAUAAGAAACCUUUAAUCUCUGUUCUUAGUGAAGGACUUGAAAUUGUGCUGAAAAACUGCUUGGCAAUAGUUUUCCUGAAAUAAGCAGCACAAUUGUUGGGGGUGGUAUUCUUACCUUAUCAGAAGGUAUAAGGGUGUGAUUUUUAGACUAUUUUUAGGUGUUUUCUCUCACAGUAUGUGAAAGGAACUGUGUUUCUUGUGGAAAGAGGAUUGAAAAUGUCCCAACCUCUUUAUUGAAACACAAGUGAUUCUGGACAUUUGAACUGUAGGCUUUGGGCACUUUUAAAGGAACAAUAAUUUGAGUUCAUGAAUAGCAUAUUUUUUGCCUUUCUGCUUUGUUGCAGGGAUUUAGGGGAGAAAGUGUUGCCAGCUUUCCAUGGGAAAUGCAUUUGAAACCCAUAAUGAAAGUUCACUUAGAAAAUGUGUAUGGCAAUUGUUAGCCCUCCUCUAAAUGCAGAAAUGCAAUAGAGAGCUCUAAAGUCCAUCCAUAGAGCGCUCUACUUACUCCAACAAACACAAAGAGUAAGAAUGAUCGAAUCAUCCCAUCCACCUUAUUUUCCAUAAACAUUCGAUAGUUGCAUAAGGACCAAAUGGCCUCAAGAUAUCAUCCAAUAGGAAUUUUAUCCAAUAUUUUUUAGCAAAAAUAAGAUGUGAUCGUUUUCCAUCAGCAGCUAACAUAAGCAGCCUGUCCAUUACACUUGGAGAGAAUGUGCUUGCCCUGCCAUGUGAGCUGCUCAGUUGAAAAUAUUCACUUCCUAGUGAACCGCCAUCAAAGGUGUCCGUCUCUCUUAAGAGCACAAAUGCAAACCAUGCGGCUUUGUGAAACCAUGGCAAUGGGUGCUGUUUGCCUCCAUUUUCCCUUUGGAAAUAAAUGUUUAUGCUGCAGUGAUCUGGCCGCGUUCUGGUGACAUGAGUACUGUGUUUGUUUUAGCAGACACUACGGGAGAGGGGAGAAUGUCUGUCUCUUAUGAAGUGCUGGAGAUGUGUUCCAGUGCUCUUUCAUCUUGAUUCAAGGUGUUUCUAUUUACAGUCACUGAGAUUGCCUUACUGCUCGUUGUUAUGGUGCCAAAAUAAAGUCGUGAUAAAUCAAUGGUUUUCACAGAAAUCCCCAUCCAAUCAACAUUGGUCUUGUGUCAAUUCCAGUGACACCAAAUAUGCACUACUGCUGCUUUCAUGAGUCCUAUGCCAAAUUACCAUACAGUAAGUGUCAACACCUAACAUAAGACAAUAUACAGUAGCUGAGACUUACUGUGCAUUUGGAAAGUAUUCAGACCCCUUGACUUUUUCCACAUUUUAUUACGUUACAGCCUUAUUCUAAAAUUGAUUAAAUAAAAUCUACACACAAUACCCCAUAAUGACAAAGUGAAAAAAGGUUUUUAGAAAUUUUAGGAAAUGUAUUAAAAAUAAAAAAACAGAUACCUUAUUUCCAUAAGUAUUCACACCCUUUCCUAUGAGACUCGAAAUUGAGCUCAGGUGCAUCCUGUAUCCAUUGAUCAUCCUUGAGAUGUUUCUACAACUUGAUUGGAGUCAACCUGUGGUAAAUUCAAUUGAUUGGACAUGAUUUGGAAAGGCACACACCUGUCUAUAUAUGUCCCACAGUUGACAGUGCAUGUCAGAACAAAAACCAAGCCAUGAGGUCGAAGGAAUUGUCUGUAGAGCUCUGAGACAGGAUUGUGUUGAAGGCACAGAUCUGGGGAAGGGUACCAAAACAUUUCUGCAGCAUUGAAGGUCCCCAAGAAAACAGUGGUCUCCAACAUUCUUAAAUGGAAGAUGUUUGGAACCACCAAGACUCUUCCUAGAGCUGGCCGCCCGGCCAAACUGAGCAAUCGGGGGAGAAGGGCCUUGGUCAGGGAGGUGACCAAGAACCCGAUGGUCACUCUGACAGAACUCCAGAGUUCCUCUGUGGAGAUGGGAGAACGUUCCAGAAGGACAACCAUCUCUGCAGCACUCCACCAAUCAGGCCGUUAUUGUAGAGUGGCCAGACGGAAGCCACUCCUCAGUAAAAGGCACAUGACCGACCACUUGGAGUUUGCCAAAAGGCACCUAAAGAACUCUGACCAUGAGAAACAAGAUUCUCUGGUCUGAUGAAACCAAGAUUGAACUCUUUGGCCUCAAUGCCAAGCGUCACGUCUGGAGGAAACCUGGCACCAUCCCUACGGUGAAGCAUGGUGGUGGCAGCAUCAUGCUGUGGGGAUGUUUUUCAGUGGCAGGGACUGGGAGACUAGUCAGGAUCGAGGGAAAAAUGAACGGAGCAAAAUACAGAGAGAUCCUUGAUUAAAAUCUGCUCCAGAGUGCUCAUGACCUCAGACUGUCCUUCCAACGGGACAACAGGACAACGACCCUAAGCACACAGCCAAGACAACGCAGGAGUGGCUUCGGGACAAGUCUCUGAAUGUCCUUGAGUGGCCCACCCAGAGCCCGGACUUGAACCCGAUCGAACAUCUCUGGAGAGAGUCUAGGGUUGUGGCGGUCACGACAUUCAGUCAGCUGGUGAUUGUCAAGCAAAUAACUGUCGGUCUCACAAUAAUUUACUGUUAAUUAACAUAAACACAUUUAGCAUCUCCUUGCUUCCACACAUAGCCUGCAAGGCACUGAUGCAGACCCUCUACAUUUUAAAAAGUAUAAUAAAUCCAUGUAAUAUAGCCUACACCUUCACAAUAAAUCCAUUAUUUAUUUUAGACAGGUCUAAAGAAACGUGAUAUGAAGAAAAUGUAGUCUAUUUCAGAUAACAGAAUAGCAUACUCUGAGUUGUUGUUAUGUUAGGUACUGAUCUGGCUAUGCCAUACGGCUGUGGCCUACACUAGUUCAUUUAACAGACAAGAUUUGCUUAGAAUUCCGUGGCAUUGUUUUCUAUUAUUUUGUAGUAUGAAGAAUACAAUUGAACAAAGCUGAAUAAAAUAGAAAGGAUAUUUUCUCCAAACGAUUUGAGGGCUAUUCGGUGUUGAGCAGUUAACAAAGAAAUAGGUAAUCCUAUAUGCUUAAUUUACAGUUAUUAAUGUAACUUUAGUUGUUCUACAAACGUUGGGCUAUAUGUUUAGAUUUUUAAUACAUUGUAAGGCUGCAUGAUGCGACUCUAAUGAUGAUUUGAAAAAAGUCGCUUGAAAGGCAUGAGCUCUGCUUUGUUUUUUGCGCAGGCUGUACACACUUCAUCAGUCUCUCAUUCACAAUUUGAGAAGCAUUUGAUAAUGCCUUGAAUUUCCUGGCGGCAUCCCCUUUGUGUGGCUGUAAUGCACCCUAAGAAAAUCCAUGCCUCCCUGAGUGCUACGUGCUACGUGCUCCGAAGCACCUCUCACUCACAUGGCUCUCCAUCACGUGAUCAGGUCUUUCUCACAGGCUACAAGUGAAGACAGACACAUCGGGGACACAACUGCGCGCGUCCUUAUCCAAUUCCAAGGUGCAUAUUGAAGAUAUUAGAUAAACUGUCCACAUUUACUUUUCGUCAGUCAACAAGAUGAGUAGGCCUAACAAACAGCAAAAGCACUAGCCUAUGUCAAUCUACUAUCCCUCAUAGUACAAAAGUUGACCUAUUCUGUGCGAGAAAUAAAUAUUCCAAACAUAGUCUGGGACAGUUGUGGGAUGUGAUAGAUUCCAAAUGAACCUUUUUUACGGAAUGAGGCUGACGCAACAGAUCAGAAUGUUUCGCUUAAAAUCUUGAUAAACCAUUAGGCUAUUUCUUCACAUUAUAAGCGCAGCAAUGUGCACACAGCAGUAGGCUAUAAGCGUGAAUAUUCCAUUAGCGGGAAAACACCAUUAUCAAAUGUGACCACAAAUGCGAUUAUGUAUUUAUUAUAAAGGUGCAUUUUUAUGAUGAAAAUUAUCUUCCCCAAACUUCAAACUCAUGCGCUGCUUAUGUAUGCCAGUUAGGCUCUACACCCCUUGUAAAGCAGAUGAAUGUGCUUAAUUUUAAGAAGUUAUUUGGCCACUUUAGUUGUGAUACAAACCUUAUCAAAACAUAUAGGCCUAUGGGCUAUGCUACAUGAGGUGUGUGACUAUGAUUAGGGCAUCAUGCACAAGUGAUAAUAUAUAAUUCACAAGUGAUAGGCUAAUAUUAUCACCCAUCAGACUAUUCUUGAUUUAAUCUUGUCUUUACAUAAACUACCAGUCAAAAGUUUGGACACACCUCAAGCGUUUUUCUUUAUUUUUACUAUUUUUUACAUUGUAGAAUAAUAGCGAAGACAUCAAAACUAUUAAAUAACACAUAUUGAAUUAUGUAGUAACCAAAAAAGUGUUAAACAAAUCAAAAUAUAUUUAAUAUUUGAGAUUCUUCAAAUAGCCACCCUUUGCCUUGAUGACAGCUUUGCACACUCUUGGCAUUCUCUCAACCAGCUUCAUGAGGUAGUCACCUGGAAUGCCUUCUUAAAGGUUAAUUUGUGGAAUUUCUUUCCUUAAGGCGUUUGAGCCAAUCAGUUGUGUUGAGACAAGUUGGGGUGGUAUACAGAUGAUAGCCUAAUUGGUAAAAGACCAAGUCCAUAUUAUGGCAAGAACAGCUCAAAUAAGCAAAGAGAAACGACAGUCCAUCAUUACUUUAAGACAUGAAGGUCAGUCAAUACGGAACAUUUCAAGUUUCUUGAAGUGGAGUCGCAGAAACCAUCAAGCGCUAUGAUGAAACUGGCUCUCAUGAGGACCGCCACAGGAAUGGAAGACCCAGAGUUACCUCUACUGCAGAGGGUAAGUUCAUUAGAGUUACCAACCUCAGAAAUUGCAGCCCAAAUACAGUGGGGGAAAAAAGUAUUUAGUCAGCCACCAAUUGUGCAAGUUCUCCCACUUAAAAAGAUGAGAGAGGCCUGUAAUUUUCAUCAUAGGUACACGUCAACUAUGACAGGCAAAAUGAGAAAAAAUAAUCCAGAAAAUCACAUUGUAGGAUUUUUAAUGAAUUUAUUUGCAAAUGAUGGUGGAAAAUAAGUAUUUGGUCAAUAACAAAAGUUUCUCAAUACUUUGUUAUAUACCCUUUGUUGGCAAUGACACAGGUCAAACGUUUUCUGUAAGUAUUCACAAGGUUUUCACACACUGUUUCUAGUAUUUUGGCCCAUUCCUCCAUGCAGAUCUCCUCUAGAGCAGUGAUGUUUUGAGGCUGUCGCUGGGCAACACAGACUUUCAACUCCCUCCAAAGAUUUUCUAUGGGGUUGAGAUCUGGAGACUGGCUAGGCCACUCCAGGACCUUGAAAUGCUUCUUACGAAGCCACUCCUUCGUUGCCCGGGCGGUGUGUUUGGGAUCAUUGUCAUGCUGAAAGACUCAGCCACAUUUCAUCUUCAAUGCCCUUGCUGAUGGAAGGAGGUUUUCACUCAAAAUCUCACGAUACAUGGCCCCAUUCAUUCUUUCCUUUACACGGAUCAGUCGUCCUGGUCCCUUUGCAGAAAAACAGCCCAAAAGCAUGAUGUUUCCACCCCCUUGCUUCACAGUAGGUAUGGUGUUCUUUGGAUGCAACUCAGCAUUCUUUGUCCUCCAAACAUGACGAGUUGAGUUUUUACCAAAAAGUUAUAUUUUGGUUUCAUCUGACCAUAUGACAUUCUCCCAAUCCUCUUCUGGAUCAUCCAAAUGCACUUCAGACGGGCCUGGACAUGUACUGGCUUAAGAAGGGGGACACGUCUUGCACUGCAGGAUUUGAGUCCCUGGCGGCGUAGUGUGUUACUGAUGGUAGGCUUUGUUACUUUGGUCCCAGCUCUCUGCAGGUCAUUCACUAGGUCCCCCCGUGUGGUUCUGGGAUUUUUGCUCACCGUUCUUGUGAUCAUUUUGACCCCAAGGGGUGAGAUCUUGCGUGGAGCCCCAGAUCGAGGGAGAUUAUCAGUGGUCUUGUAUGUCUUCCAUUUCCUAAUAAUUGCUCCCACAGUUGAUUUCUUCAAACCAAGCUGCUUACCUAUUGCAGAUUCAGUCUUCCCAGCCUGGUGCAGGUCUACAAUUUUGUUUCUGGUGUCCUUUGACAGCUCUUUGGUCUUGGCCAUAGUGGAGUUUGGAGUGUGACUGUUUGAGGUUGUGGACAGGUGUCUUUUAUACUGAUAACAAGUUCAAACAGGUGCCAUUAAUACAGGUAACGAGUGGAGGACAGAGGAGCCUCUUAAAGAAGAAGUUACAGGUCUGUGAGAGCCAGAAAUCUUGCUUGUUUGUAGGUGACCAAAUACUUAUUUUCCACCAUAAUUUGCAAAUAAAUUCAUUAAAAAUCCUACGAUGUGAUUUUCUGGAUUUUUUUCCCUCAAUUUGUCUGUCAUAGUUGACGUGUACCUAUGAUGAAAAUUACAGGCAUCUCUCAUCUUUUUAAGUGGGAGAACUUGCACAAUUGGUGGCUGACUAAAUACUUUUUUUCCCCACUGUAAAUGUUCUCAACAUCAACUGUUGAGAACAUUUAACAUCAACUGUUCAGAAGGGACUGUGUGAAUCAGGCCUUCAUGGUCGAAUUUCUGCAAAGAAACCACUACUAAAGGACACCAAUAAUAAGAAGAGACCUGCUUGGGCCAAGAAACACGAGCAAUGGAUAUUAGACCGGUGGAAAUGUGUUCUUUGGUCUGGAGUCGAAAUUGGAGAUUUUUGGUUCCAACCACCAUGUCUUUGUGAGACGCGGUGUGGGUGAACGGAUGAUCUCCGCAAAUGUAUUUCCCACCGUAAAGCAUGGAGGAGGAGGUGUUAUGGUGUGGGGCUGCUUUGCUGGUAACACAGUCUGUGAUUUAACCAGCAUGGCUACCACAGCAUUCUGCAGCGAUACGCCAUCCCAUCUGGUUUGAGCUUAGUGGGACUAUCAUUUGUUUUUCAACAGGACAAUGACUCAACACACCUCCAGGCUGUGUAAGAGCUAUUUUACCAAGAAGGAGAGUGAUGGAGUGCUGCAUCAGAUGACCUGGCCUCCACAAUCCCCCAACCUCAACCCAAUUGAGAUGGUUUGGAAUGAGUCGGACGGCAGAGUGAAGGAAAAGCAGCCAACAAGUGCUCAGCAAAUGUGGAAACUCCUUCAAGACUGUUGGAAAAGCACGCCAGGUGAAGCUGGUUGAGAGAAUGCCAAGAGUGUGCAAAGCUGUCAUCAAGGCAACGGGUGGCUAUCUCAAAUAUAACAUAUAUUUAGAUUUGUUUAACACUUUUUUGGUUACUACAUGACUCCAUAUGUGUUAUUUCAUAGUUUUGAUGUCUUCACUAUUAUUCUACAAUGUAAAAAAUUAUAAAAAUAAAGAAAAACCCUUGAAUGAGUAGGUGUUCUAAAACGUUGGACCGGUAGUGUAUGUGUGAAAUUCGUUUUGAUUUAGAAUGAGCCAUUAUCAUGCACCUGUCUCGAAGCAGGGCAAAAAAUACCUGUCAUCUCUACACUUAAAUAGUGACUGGAGGACGCUUUUCCCGUGGUUCAUUUUCAUGCCAGCCAGGUAGGCUAUACUCCUGGUCUAAAGAUAAGCAUUGUGCUUAAUAUUUGCUUAAUAUUAGGAAAGUUGAGAAAUAAAUAUAGUAAGCCUAUAGAAAGCUGAUGAGAUCCUCCUCUUUUUAAUAGAGGCCAUCACUCUGUUUUCUUGCGCAAUUGCAUAGCCUAUAGAAAUGUUGUGCAACAUGAGCUCAUGGGCUCUCAUGAAGUGUUUGAUUAGAUUUUCGAUUACAUUUGCAUUGAUGUCAGAGUGAUUAGAGGGGCAAUAGAGUGCUGAGUACCAGGCAGUUAGCAAGUUUGGCUUGGAGAAGCCUAAUUACCGUGACUAAAUGGUCACGUGGAAUUUGACUGCCUUCAUGACUCGUGACCACUGGUGUGGCGGUAAUACGUAAUACGGUCAACGCAACAGCCCUAGGAGAGAUCUGAAAAUAGCUGUGCAGCGACGCUCCCCAUCCAACCUGACAGAGCUUGAGAGGAUCUGCAGAGAAGAAUGGGAGUAACUCCCCAAAUACAGGUGUGCCAAGCUUGUAGCGUCAUAUCCAAGAAGACUUGAGGCUGUAAUCGCUGCCAAAGGUGCUUCAACAAAGUACUGAGUAAAGUGGUAUUGUGUGUAGAUUGAUGAGGGAAAAAAAGAAAAUGUUAUCCAUUUUAGAAAAAGGCUGUAACGUAACAAAAUGUGGAAAAAGUCAAGGGGUCUGAAUACUUUCCGAAUGCACUGUAUAUUUAGAAGUUGCAUACCUCACACAUCACUUUUUGUCUGUAACCAUAACCAGAAAAAAAGUUAAUAUGCUAUUACUGGUCUGCUGUGAGCUGGGGGAUAGAUUCAGCCCAAAAGUGACUGACUAUUUUUGGAAUUUGUGUCUUUGGGAGCUGGUGGAUACUUCACCCUCCAAACUAGGAGAGGGAAACUGCUAACACACUAUGUGGAAGACCUUUCCCGUCAUUGUUCACUCCACUCUUUACUGUCUGUCUAAGUCCACUCCCAAAAUGGCCUCCCGUGGUGUGCCUUCACUGCUCAGGGGUAGCUAAAUGAUUUGUGAUUGACCCUUCUGCUUUCCCAACGGUUUUAGCCAGCGAGAGGAGAGAGAGAGACAUCUAGUCACUUCAAUCAAGUCUGAGAAGGGGAAUUGUGUCAGCAGCAGCAUAGUCCUGUCAGCUCCCCCAUAUUUCACCGUACUGGUCAUGGUGCCAUGGUAACAACAGGUCCUGUGUAUUAGUAACACAGUAGUAGAACAGCAGUCACUGUCAGGUCUCGAACACAACAGUAGACACCUUUGACCAUUUACCUCCUUUAUCUCACAUGGAGGACACCUGUCUUAUGGGCAGCAAAAUAAAAACAAUGUCAUGAAUCCUAUUGCUGUGAAUGCCUAAAACUAUAGGGAAUUCAUUGACGCUGUCACCAGUCGUAAUAAUCCAUAAUGACCUUGUCUUAUAGCUAUUAGCAUCGUUCACAGGGGAGGCCAAACAGGUCUGAACGGAUGGCCAAUGAAUCUGGCCUUGCAUCUGUGAAUGAUAACCUGUGAGCUCAGACCCUCACCAAACAUCUAGUGAGGUCAUUUCCUUCCAGAGCUAACUGGCCGUGCCGUAUCAGUCCGGUCCAAGGUGAAGCCACGCCAGCCAAUAGGGUUCUGGGAAGAGGCUCCGAUACAGAGCGAAAGUGUUAUUGGGUCUCUCAGAGACCUGUGAGCUUUCUCACGCCAUUCUGCACUAGUGCUGAUUGGGCCCUGGCUCCAGCUGUGAUUUAUUAGCCCUGUCCGACGUGGGCCUGGCGUGGGAGGACCAGCGGAGAGGAGAGGGGGCACUGGGGUCUGUAGUUAAACAU